AAUCGUGAUUCGACUUCGACUGUGACCAAACACAGAGGUAAACAAGUGUUAUUUUCAUUGUGCACUUUCUGCAUAUUGGCGGUGUGGAGAGAACUUUAACAAGAUGGCAUUCAAUUACAUAUUGGUUGGUCUGAUCCUGAUAUCGCGUCAGUGCGAAGCCAGCAAUGUCAUGUACGGGCCAGUGAGGUUACAAGGGCCUUUGAGUGAAAAUGGAAUCGGUCGCGUUGAAGUAUCCCUCUAUGAAGAAUGGGGAACGAUCUGCGGUAGUGGAUGGGGUAUAAAGGAAGCCAAGGUUGUAUGUCAUCAACUUGGUUAUCCAGAUGCUGUUAGAGCACUGUAUUUUGGGCAGUUUCCUUCUGGCGUUGGGCGUAUUUGGUUGGCUUUUGUCAGAUGUGACGGAGACGAACAGAACAUAACAAGUUGUUCUCAUAAAAAAUGGAAACAUUGUGCCUGCGGGCACUUCAGCGACGUUGGGGUGGAAUGUAGUAAAACAGUUCUUAUAGGUAAGCCUGUUCCACUGAGGUUACGGGGUCCAUUGAGUGCAAAUGGUAUUGGUCGUGUCGAAGUACUCUACGCUGGAAAAUGGGGAACAAUCUGCGAUUUUUGUUGGAAUAUAAAUAGUGCUAGAGUGGCAUGUCGUCAACUUGGUUAUUCAGAUGCUGUCAGAUAUCUUCAAGGGGAGCCUGCAAGUUCCGGACCUAUUUGGUUAGAUGGAGUUGCGUGUACAGGAAGAGAACAAAACUUAACAGACUGUUCUCAUUAUGAAUGGGGUAGCGGAGAUGGACAUUGCCCGAGUCUUGCUGGGGUGGAAUGUAUUUCAGUUGCUGCUCCGCAACAUGGAUCCCUGAGGUUACAAGGACCCCUGAGCGAGAAUGGUACAGGUCGCGUCGAAGUAUUCUACCAUGGACAAUGGGGCACAAUUUGUGAUGAUACAUGGGAUGUAAAUGACGCCAGGGUUGUUUGUCGUCAACUUGGAUAUCCAGAUGAUGUCAGAUCUCUUCGUGUGGACGAAGUUACUCGUGGGACUGGACAUAUAUGGUUGGAUCAGGUUGCUUGCACUGGGAAAGAAACAAAUAUAACGAGUUGCGUUCAACGUUAAUUGGGAAACGAAAAUUGCUGGCAUUCUGACGAUGCUGGAGUAGAAUGUCUUACCACAGCUUAACUCUCGCCAAAAACCGCGGAUCGAAAUAUUACAAGAUCUUCAACGACUUCACAAAACAUUUUAUUGUGACUGUUGGUUUUAACCUUACGAGACUAGUGCAUCUUCGCUUUUUUAAAUAAUAAUUUCGUGUAAUUUCGAUGGUAUAACGAUUUUGCUUCUAAAUUGCUGAUCAAUUGAUUGUUGGAUUGCAUGUGGAUAUAUUGAUUAUAAUAUAAUUAGGAAGAUAAAUGUUUGUAACAAUGUUUUGAGAUCUUACUUCGCUGAUUUUAUAAAAAAAAGUAAAAUGAACUUCAAGG